AUGUCCUUGGUGGCCACAUCCCAGUCUGACUGGCGGUUCAUUCCUUCUCCCCACUCAGACUGUGAGCACUUUGGAGUUCACAGCUCUGCAGAGGAGGUGUUCAUUAAUAUCUGUUCACUGCCUUGCAGCCAGGGGUGCCGAGAUCAGAGAGGUGAAGCCCUUUGCCUGCAUCACAGAGAGGCUCAGGCAGAGGUGGCCCGGCCUGGGGUCUCCAGUUCUCGGGCCAGCACUGUUCUGACUGCCCUGUUAUCAGCAUGUGUCUCUCUGCCUGCACUGAACAAAACCUCCCUCCCCCUGUAG